UUGUACAACUCAAAUGGACGUGAGUUAAGGCGGGCCCUCUUCUCCUUGAAACAGAUAUUUCAAGAUGACAAAGAUUUGGUUCAUGAAUUUGUUGUAGCAGAAGGCCUGACUUGUUUAAUAAAAGUGGGAGCUGAGGCAGACCAGAACUACCAGAAUUACAUCUUGAGAGCGCUGGGACAAAUUAUGCUGUAUGUUGAUGGAAUGAAUGGAGUAAUAAAUCACAGUGAAACCAUCCAGUGGUUGUACAUGCUAAUAGGGUCUAAGUUUCGCCUGGUUGUAAAGACAGCGCUAAAAUUGCUCCUUGUUUUCGUGGAGUAUACUGAAUCCAAUUCAUCUCUUCUUAUUGAAGCAGUAGCUACUGUGGAUGCAAAAAGGGAUCUCAAGCCAUGGUCCAGUGUCAUUGAGAUUUUGGAAGAAAAGGAUGGACUUGAUACAGAAUUACUAGUUUAUGCAAUGACUUUAAUAAAUAAGACACUAUCUGGUUUGCCAGAUCAAGAUUCUUUCUAUGAUGUUAUUGACUGUCUAGAAGAGCUUGGGAUGGAAAUUAUUUCCCAGAAGCAUCUGAACAAGAAAGGAUUAGAUUUGGACUUAGUAGAGCAAUUCAACAUUUAUGAGAUGGUAUUGAGACAUGAAGAUGAUGAUAGUGGAGAACCUCUUCUUAUUGCCUGCAAAGACAGAAGAAGGGCCAGUCUUGGUUCCAGUGAACGAAGAGGGCUGGAACGUAGGAAGAGCAGGAGGCAUUCCAUUCAGAGUGUCAAGAAUACUUUAUCAGCCCCUGCUAGCCCCUGCACUCAUUCAAGCCCUAAUUUCAUGUGUGGCCAUAGACAGAGCACUGAAGAAUAUAGUAAGAAAGAGAAUGCUUAUGACAAGGAGGAAGAACAGCCAGUCAUUGAGCCCGCUACAGAGAAUGAGAGGGAGGAAGAGGCUACUAGGCAGAUCAAUGCCAGUGGGUUCUCAGAAAUACAGAAGGUUAAAUAUGGUCCACAGAAUUAUGAUACUUCAGUCAUCUCAAGUGUUAUUUCUCAGGAUGAAAGGCCUCCCAGGAAUUGUAGAACAAAUAUUUCCAGGAGCUCAUCAUCCCUUAAUUCAGUUGCUUUGCAUCCUUUUUCUCAUCAUUCAUCACUCUCCUCAUCUGUCUUCAAAAUUACUUCCCAAAAUUCAUCAUGUGUUACUUCAAAGGCAUCUCCAAAUACUGAGAAAUUACCUUAUGUACCAUAUAGCCCCUUUCACCUCUUUUCUUAUGACGUUGAAGACCCUCAAACAGCAAUGAAAGAAAAGGAAGCAGAAGAGUUCAGAGAAAACAG